UAAUACAUUAUUGUUAAUUUUCUUCACAGAUUCCUUGGCACAGGGGAGAAUUUCAGCAGCCUAGCGUUCCAAUAGGCUUGGGAUAAGUACCGUGGCUGAAUCUGUCCACGUGACAUGCAGAGCUAUUGAGAGGCAAAUGAUGGCGUCCCAGUUCCCAAAACCAACAGAGGAAAUUUGGAGAAAUAUUGCCACCAAAUUUUGGGAGAAGUGGAACUUUCCAAAUUGCAUAGCGCUGGCUGAUGCGGAAUACAGAUUCACUUUUCUACAAGUGGGUGACUUUGGUAGAACAAGUGAUGGAGGUGUAUAUAGUGGUUCUGCACUUGGAAGAGCAAUGGAGGCCAAAAAGUUGUCUGUGCCUGCAGACUGCGCUUUACCGGGGUCUGGGGCACAAGGCCUGAUGCCAUACACCAUGGUGGUAGAUGGUGUAUUUCCCCUAAAGACACAUCUGAUAAGACCAUUUCCAGGGAAACAAAUUCCAAAAUGGCACAGAAUCUUCAAUUACAGAUUGUCUCGUGCACGUAUGGUUAUUGAGUGUGCCUUUGGCAUUCUGUCAUCCAGAUGGAGAGUACUCCACACAAAGAUGAACGUGAAUCCGUCAAAUGCUGAUUCUGUGGUCACUGCAGCCUGCAUCCUACACAACUACCUCUUGAAUCCUUCAGAGAACCAAUGUGGCUGGAGGAGUCAGAAGAAAGAGGGGAAGUGCUUCCAGAUGUCAGAAAUAUGGGGGGCAACAGGGGAUGCAGGGAAGCCUACAACGUACGUAUGAUGUAAGAUCUGUCUUAACCUUCUACAAGGACCAGAAAAAACACACAUUUUUAAUGGUACCGAACUUUUUAAAUUGUAAAUAGUUUUUCAUUUGUUGUGGAAAAAAAUCUGAUGUUAAAUUGAUAAAGUAAUGAUGCAAAUAAAGAGAA